AUGCUCUCCAUCUCUCUGCCCCACCUCUUCCUCAUUCUCUCCAUAUCCCUCUCCCUCACCUUCUCCCUCUGCUCGUUUUCCACCCCUCCCCCUUCCACCCGCCAUAGCCACUCCUCAUUCAACCCAACGCUCUACCCCUCGGACUACCUUUCCCCCCAUCUGCCAUUCCCGUCUCCUCCUCCCUUCCACUCUCCCAUGCACUCACCAUCCCCCCCCACUCCCCCUGUCCCCGCUCUCCCCACUCCUCCUCCCCCAGGGCGAGGGCACAAGGGAGAGGGCACGGUAAAGCGCGUCACAGACGCGGACAUCCAGUCAGCCACCAUAGAGCUCCUGUCGCCCAACAUCCGCUCCACGCUCAUCGCCUGCCCUCCCGACCCCGCGGCCGCGCUGGGCAUCAAGCUGCCGUUCCUGGUGCUGGUGCUGAAGCCCCUGGACCGCUACUUCUCGUUCGAGGUCACCGUGAUGGACGAUAAGAAUGUGAAGCGGCGCUUCCGCGCCUCCAAUUACCAGUCCACUACUCGAGUACGUCCGUUCAUCUGCACGAUGCCACUCCGUCUGGAAGCAGGCUGGAACUCGCUCCUCUUCAACCUCGCUGACUUCACGCGGCGUGCGUACGGCACGGGGUACGUGGAGACGCAGCGCGUGCACGUGCACGCCAGCUGCCGCCUGCGCCGCAUCUACUUCUGCGACCGCGUGUACUCCGAGGACGAGCUCCCGCCCGAGUUCAAGCUCUUCGUUCCCUCCAAGGUGGGUGCUUUUUGCGGUUGUUGA